AUGCAGAAGGGGGUUUGGCUGCUGAGUGUGUUCACAGUAGCUGGGAUCGCGCCGACCACGGAGAGCCGCAAACCUGCCAAAGACAUUUGCAGCAAGAGCCGUUGCCCUUGUGAGGAGAAGGAGAACGUGCUGAAUAUUAAUUGUGAAAACAAGGGAUUUACAACGGUUGGCCUCCUCCUGCCUCCCCCGUCCAAGAUCUAUCAACUCUUUCUCAAUGGGAAUGCCUUCGCCCGACUCUACCCCAACGAAUUUGUCAACUAUUCCAAUGCUGUGACGCUCCACUUGGGCUACAACGACAUGGAGGAGAUCCGAACUGGGGCCUUCCUGGGCCUUCGGAUUCUUAAGAGGCUGCACCUCAACAACAACAAACUGGAGAUCUUACGGGAGGAUACCUUCCUAGGCUUAGAGAGUCUGGAGUAUCUCCAGGCUGACUACAACUACAUCACUGCAAUUGAGGCGGGGGCUUUCAGCAAACUCAACAAACUGAAGGUGCUGAUCCUCAACGACAACCUGUUGUUAUCCCUUCCUAGCAACGUGUUUCGCUUUGUCCUCCUGACCCACCUGGACCUUAGAGGGAACCGGCUAAAAAUGAUGCCUUUUGCUGGAGUCUUGGAGCACAUCGGCGGAAUUAUGGAAAUUCAGCUGGAGGAGAAUCCAUGGAACUGUACCUGUGACCUUCUGCCUCUCAAAGCAUGGCUAGAUACCAUCACAGUCUUUGUUGGGGAGAUUGUAUGCGAGACCCCUUUCAGGUUGCACGGCAAAGACGUCACACAACUCACCAGGCAGGACCUCUGCCCUCGAAAAAGUAUGGGCGAUGCCAACCCAAGGGAGAAAUAUCCUUCCCACUCAGACACGCACAUCCAGAGACUUCCCCCAACAGUUAAUUCUGCUGUUGGGGCCACCAGGGCUCCCAAGGCCAGCCGCCCACCCAAAACAAGGAAUCGACCCACCCCACGGGUCACCGUGUCUAAAGACAGGCAGAUAUUUGGGCCCAUCAUGGUUUAUCAAACCAAAUCCCCCCUGCCGCUGACUUGCCCGAGUCUUUGUGCUUGCACUUCGCAAAGUUCUGACAAUGGGUUGAACGUCAAUUGCCAGGAGAAAAGAAUUGGCAACAUCUCCGAUCUCCACCCCAAGCCCACCAGUCCAAAGAAACUCUAUUUGACCAGCAAUUACUUGCAAACGAUCUAUAAAAGUGAUCUCUUGGACUAUCCCUCAUUGGACCUGUUGCAUUUGGGAAACAAUAGGAUUGCUGUGAUCCAAGAAGGUGCCUUUUCUAACCUCACCAGUUUACGCAGACUUUAUCUCAAUGGUAACUACCUUGAGGUCUUGUAUCCUUCCAUGUUUGAAGGGCUCCACAGCUUACAGUAUCUCUAUUUAGAGUAUAACGUGAUUAAAGAGAUCCUGCCACGUACCUUUGAUGCAUUGGGCAAUCUUCACCUACUCUUUCUGAACAACAAUCUUUUGAGGUCCCUGCCGGACAAUGUCUUUGGAGGCACCACCUUAACUAGACUCAACCUGAGAAACAACCAUUUCUCCUACCUGCCUGUGCAAGGUGUCCUCGACCAGCUUUCAGCCCUAAUUCAAAUCGACCUUCAAGAAAAUCCUUGGGAUUGUACUUGUGAUAUCAUGGGGUUGAGAUACUGGAUAGAACAAGUCACCGAGCAAAACAAUCAGCAGUCAGGAGGCCCGGUGGUAAUCAACGAAGUGAUCUGUGACUCUCCUGCCAAGCAUGCUGGAGAACAUCUCAAGACCUUGAGCAAAGAAGCCAUCUGCCCCGAGAACCCCAAUCUCUUAGAUUCUCCUCUCUUGUCCCUCAAUCUGAACACUGAUAUGCCAUCAGCCUUCAGUGUCUUCCCCAGCGCCUUUCCAGAAAUGCAGACGGAAGUCCCUCUCUCUGUCUUAAUUUUGGGCCUUCUGGUUGUGUUUAUCUUGUCGGUCUGCUUUGGGGCCGGGCUGUUCGUCUUUGUUCUCAAACGGCGUAAGGGGCUGCCAAGUGUGCCCAGCAGUGCCAACAACCUUGACGUCAGUUCCUUCCAACUGCAGUACGGGUGCUACAACAGCGAGGCCCACGAGAAAGCUGAAGGGCAUGUCUAUAAUUACAUCCCUCCUCCCGUUGGAGAGAUGUGCCAGAAUCCUAUCUACAUGCAGAAGGAAGGAGACCCCGUGGCUUACUACCGGAAUCUCCACGAAUUUAGCUACAGCAACCUCGAGCCGAAGAAGGACGACUCCACCAGCUUUGCCUUCACCAUCACAGCAGCAGACAUGCUGGAGAAGCAGUCCUUUUCCAGGGAGCCUGAACUCUUGUACCAAAACCUCGUGGAGAGGGUGAAGGAACUGCCCAGUGGAAGCAUGGUCCAGUAUAAUUUUUGCACCCUCCCCAAAAGGCAGUUUGCCCCUUCCUACGAGUCCAGGCGACAAAACCAAGACAGGCUCAAUAAAACGGUUUUGUACGGGACUCCGAGGAAGUAUUUUACGGAACUGUCCAAGCCUGAUCUCCCUUUGCUGCAGGGAAAGUUGCAGGCCGAACCGGACUACCUCGAAGUGUUGGAAAAACAAACGGCCAUUAGUCAGCUGUGA